GUCAGCUGACAGUUGUGACCAACCAGCGGGUGUAACAUCUCAACCGAAGAGACCUGAACGGAGCAAGAAGCCUCCCUGUGUCUCCACCAACCGUUACCAGCCGCGGAGAACCGGACAGCCGUUAAGCACCCCCUCCGACACCCGGUCACGUCUUCCCGCCUCCCGCAGGAUGAGUGUCGGCGCUCCGAGAGGCCUGGCCAGCUCGGGGCAGAAGCCCAUCGCGGAGAUCCUCCACCCGCUGUCCGCCGCCGAGGAGCCGCACUCCGUCACCGUCAACAUCGGAGGGGACAAGGAAGUGGGGCUGACCAACGGCACGCCCGUCGAGACGUCAAGUCCCGCCUCCACGUCCUCGCUCUUCAACAGGCUGCAGCUGGACGAUGACCUGGAAGCAGAUGUGCGGGACCCCUACGCGGACGCUGCAGAGACCCGUGACCUUUUUGUCACGGUCGACGACCCAAAGAAGCACGUCUCCACCAUGGAGACCUACAUCACCUACAGAGUCUCCACCAAGACAACACGGGUAGAGUUUGACCUACCGGAGUACUGUGUGCGGCGGCGGUACCAGGACUUUGACUGGUUGAGGAUCAAGUUGGAGGACAGCCAGCCAACCCACCUCAUCCCUCCGUUGCCAGAGAAGUUCGUGAUGAAGGGCGUGGUCGAUCGUUUUUCGGAAGAGUUCGUGGAGACGCGGAUGAAGGCUCUGGACAAGUUCCUGAAGCGAGUCGCCGACCACCCCGUCCUCUCCUUCAACCCACAUCUAAACGCUUUCCUAACUGCCAAGGACCUGAACAAGCGUCAGGGUCUGGCCCUGCUGACCAAAGUAGGCGAGUCAGUGAAGCACGUGGCCGGAGGCUACAAGCUGCGGGCGCGGCCGCCGGAGUUCUGCGCCAUGGGAGAAUACCUGGACACCUUCAGCCAGAAACUGGGAACCAUCGACCGCAUCGCUCAGAGGAUCCUCAAGGAGCAGUCAGAGUACCUGACAGAGCUGCGUGAGUACGGCACAGUGUACUCCAGCUGGGUGGGGUCGGAGGAUGAGCUGCGGCGCCCCCUGGAGGGCGUGGCCGGGUGCGUGACGACGUGCUGCUCAGCGCUGGAUGACCUGAGUGAGAACAUGACCCAGGACUUCCUGCCCGUACUCAGAGAGUAUGUCCUCUACAUAGAGUCCAUGAAGAAUGUUUUGAGGAAGCGAGACCAGAGCCAGGCGGAGUACGAGGGCCGACUAGAAGCAGCCAUAUUGCGCAAACAGGAGGACAGCAGGACGCCAAUGCCGGCAGAGGUGGAGAAAUGCCAGGACAAAGUGGAGUGUUUCAAUGCCGACCUGAAGGCAGACUGGGAGCGUUGGCAGAGCAACAAGAGACAAGACUUCAAACAGCUUCUCACCGGCAUGGCCGACAAAAACAUCAACCACUAUGAAAAGUGCCAGGCGGCGUGGGAGUCACUCAUAACUCUUCUCCAGGACAAACAGACUGAGGACAAAACGAGCGAGACGAACUGAAACACCUCCUCAUGUCUCUGCCCCGUAUCUCUCUCCCUCUCAGUAUAACACACUCUCUCAUGCCAAGGAAAAGGACCAACCGGGGCGGCAGAUAGGAACUGCUGGACUUUGCCCCCCCCCCGUUCUCCUGUGAGAUGGAGAGGAGUUGUCUCUCUCGGAGAUUUGACCUGUGAAGGAGGUAACAAAUGGUACAUUCAAGGACAGCUGGGAAAGAGGAGAGACCUACUAUGUACAGACAUUUUCCUUUUGUUUUUUUUGUUCUUUGUUUGUCGUUGUUCCUAUUGACUUUUUCUACUUCAUAUUUCAAAUUAACAGUUGGUUGCCAAUGCUGCUUGUGUUUAUUUAACCGCGGUCUCUGAGAGGCGCGUUUUCUGUCUGUUCUCUCUGUUCACAUCGAGCCAGACGUGAAGGAUACCUCCUCAGCAUUGCAGGAAAGGGAUACGAUCAUUAUAUUUCGCAUGAAGUAUUCAGAGCAUCCCAGACAUAUUUUUAUUUUCUGUCAGGUUGCAAAAGCCUCUGAAAAUGUAACACUGAAACAAGACUCGUAAAUUGGAAUCCAACGUCUUAAAAUUAAUUUAAAGGACCAUACCUGUUAUUUUUGCAUGUUUAUGCCCAUAAUCUUGCCAUUACUGCUAACCAUUUUCCAGAAGUUCAUACACUUUACAGCGUUCCUAUUUUCCCUUCAGCCAUUAUUAUCAUUAACAUAUUAAAAUCAGCUUGAAAAAAGCCGUGGCAUCAGAGCUUGGCAUCAGCACAGCCUUGUGUUCAACCAGAAGUUACACACAGGCAGAGAAAACGCAGGAGGUGUAGCAACAGAUGUCAAAACGAGACGUUAUUAAAAGCCACCGAUCAUUCGUCAAAGGGAAACUUUAGGAUGUUUUUAUAAUCCACAUCCUUACAGAGAAAUAGACAGCUCAAUAGACAUGUUGAGUAAUGUUGAGCUUCAUCAGGAAAGUGAUUUUGUUGGAGGUCAUUUUGUUUUUUAAGCAGAGAUACACAGAAGAGUUGGUCAUACGGUUGUGUUUCCAGUGCAGUCUAGCAGCACCACCUGGUGGUUAAGACGAUAACUUCAUUCUGGUGGCUUCAACGUGUGCUACUUCUGCUGGUUCCUCUUGCUAUCAAGUUGUUUUUUGUACCAUGUCCAUUUAUACCUGCUGAAGGGAUGUCACCUCUAUUCUUCAAGCAAAAGCUCUAACUCAGUUUGAGGAUGCCAAAUGGUGCAAGAGGCAGAUUUACCCAGUGAAAAGCUCACAGAGGGAAUUGAAGGUGUAAUUUAUUAUCUUAAAACGAAUGAAAGCAAUCAGGUGUAGAGUCAAAUGUUAUUUUCUUGUAGUAAUCUGAAAGAAACAAACACUGCAUUGGGAGCAUGUGGCAUUAUUGCACCCCAUUAACAAAAUCUGUGUUGCUUUUUAAGAACAGUGGCGCUCAAAGGCUGGAUAUGAUCCAAAAUAUUUAGAAAGGAGUUGAGUUAGGAGCUGUCAGGUGAGCAUCUGUUCAAGUUGGAGUUCGUGAAGCUCUUACACAUGUCAAUGCUGCGGGCCUACAGAGGAAAACAGAGCACCGAGGCUUCUGGGAAAUCUCGGCUGUGUCAUGUAAGCAUCUGAGGAAUUGGUUAAACCAGUGCUCAAAGGAGUAUUAUGUAGGUCAGAGCUAGAAAUUGCAAAAACUCCAUUCCGAGUGAGACACGGUGUCUCACUCGGAAUGGAGUUUUUGCAAUUUAAAAACCAUAGCUUUUAAAUUAAAGCAUGUACUGCACAUGAUUUAAUUUAAAAGCUAUGGUUUGUUUUAAUGACCCAGUAAUGUGGAAAUCAUUUGCCGUUUACUUCUCUUAACCCCUCUGACUGAUCAGUGUGACAAUGUGACCUCCUCUGCUCAGCUGUGACUCAUGGGAAACAUUUGUUCCCCCAUUUCAGAUGCAGUAGUGCAGCAGCACGUACGACCAACAGCAGUUUUGCAUCACACUUGUUUUGCCCUCGACAUGUUGCUGAUGUGGCGUUGCCUGAAAGGAAGAAUCCACCCUGAGAGAUUCUGUUAGACGUCAAUGCGUAACCUUAUGUUGAACCAGCUUUAUUGAGCCAUUUCUGACUUUUUGACCACAGAGCAGAGAUGCAGCGUGCUGAGUUUGUAAUGCUGUGCCGGCUCAUUUGAAUAUCCUUAUUUUUAUCCGACCUCAGCCGCACUGCUAGCUCAUUACACUCAGCAUAAAGUAGCAAAAAAACCCACCAGUGAUGACUUGGGUCAGUGACAUCAUCCCAGAAUGUUUUUUACAAAGACACUGAUUUUGUCUCUUGCUCAUUUGUGGCGCAGAUCCCGCUGUGUUGUAGCCUCAUAAACAGGCCAUAACUUUAUUUCUUCAACAAAUGUAAUCAUUAUUUUUGUUUGAUAAAGAGUUUGUUUUGCGUAAUUUUAUUUAUUUCAGGAAGCUGAAAUAAUUACGUUUCAUUUCUACGUUCUGAGAGGCUCCUAUGUUUUUAUUUCUUUUAAAUGCCCUGUAGUCAGAUUGUCUUUGAAUGGUCUUUGUCCUGUUUUAUAGGCUGAUGUCACAUUACUGAGCCUGCUAUCAGUGUAGCCAAAUGCGAGUGCGAUAAGAGAGCGACGAGAUGAAGUAACUGUGGCUGCUUGCAAACUGGUUUAAGUACUCUGUCAGUUCUCUUUAUGUCCGUCCGUCAUAUUUCCCCUUUGAGUUUUUAAAGCACGAAGCAGCUACUGUUCUAACGACCAGAAGUCAGCGAGGUGACAUAUAACAGUUUUUAUUUGGGCAUGUUGAAUGCAGCUAGUAAGAUGGAGAGAAGCUUUCUGAGUCACUGUGGUCAGUCAGUGUCGAGGCAGCCACAUGGGACAGAACUACAGAUGCACUGAUGCUAAAUUAUCUGUAUCUUAGGGGCUGUGCACUAUAAUAAUAUGAUAUUGUAGGGUUGACUACUGGUGCUUUCACAAAAUAUCGAUACAAGAGAUUUUGAUUAAUAAUCAACAGUCUGGUAAGUUCAGAAAAUGACAUUACUGUAAUGCAGCCUUUAAAACCAGGAAAAGACAAACCUUAUGAUUUUACGAUAUCCAGAAUCUAAGAUGAUAUCUAUCCAGAGUAUGAAUAUAUCGUCCAGCCAUAUUGUAUCUAUUUCGAAAUAUUAGAAUUCACUAUGAAGAACCAGGGGUGUUUAGAAAUUAAAACAGAGCUUCUGUAUCAUCUGUUGCUCACACACAAACUGUAGAGGACCUCCAUUUUUAUCCCCAAAUACUGCUUUAAAUUAGCAGUUCCACUAUAAUUUUAAGUUUUUUCUUAUUUUCUGAGUUCUAUCAUUUUUGUGUUAAUUGCCAUAACCUACAUGAACAUGCAGCAACAUUAAAGAAAUUUUAGAAAUGGUUUAUCCGGACCUCACAGAUUGAGUCAAUGUUAUUCAUUUAGCAACAGCAGGAAUUCAGGAAAGGCAAUGCACUUUCUGUUUUUCGCAAGUACAUUUCGUAUUUUUUUUUUUUUUGUGGGGGUUAAAAAAAAAAAAAACGCCUGUAGAGUCUUUGACCAGUAGCUGCACUAUGGAGCAGUGUUUUUGUGUUGUGUGGAAACACACUAGGCUUGAGCAGUAUCACGGUACUACGGUAUAUCAGGGCAUUUAGAAAUCCUGGCGGUAUGAUUUUCAAUAUUGUUCAAAAUACAGACGCUCUUUGUACUCGUAUGAAAAUGCUUUUUUGAGAAUGGAUUGUAUGUAGUGCACAUAAUGUGCCACCAGAGGUCAGUCUCUGCUCGUGGAACAGGCCGCCGAGCUAACAGACAUAACGACUAGGGAUAAUGUUACAGGACUGUGAACGGUUGGCUAGCAGCAACAGAAAGAGGAUGCAAAAAAGCUUGCAUAUUUUUACAUUUAACUUGAUAAAUUCAGGGACUACUUCCAAAUUUACCGAGCCGAUUCUGAAUUUACCGAUCCAAACUUAUCAAUCCGAGUUUACCAUCCUCAAAAAAUGCUUUUUUUUUUUUUAGGAUGAAUUGUAUGUAGUACACAAAAUGUGCCUCUAGAGGUCAGUCUCUACUGGUGCAAUAGGCAGCUGAACUGACAGACAUGGCGACUAGGGAUGACGUAACAGGACUGUAAAAAGUUGGCAAGCAACAUCAGAGACAAAAAGCCUGCAUAUUUUUACAUCUAACUCGGUAAAUUCGGGUGAUAUUUCCAAUUUUUCCUGAUUUACCGAUCCGGAUUUACCGUCCUCACAAAAGCAUGUUUUGAGGCUUGCAUGUAGUACACAUCAUGCACCACCAGAGGUCAGUCUCUACUGGUGGAACAGGUAGCUGAGCGGACAGACAUAGCAUCAAGGGAUUACAUUACAGGACUGUAAACAGUAAUUCAGGGUUACUAUUAUUUUGACCAAACCAGUGCUGGUGAUUGCUAGAGAAGUGGGCUAGAUAACUAGACGACGAACAAGACUAAUGACGUUUUAAAGUAAUAUAUAUUUGUUUGUGUUGAGUAUGAAUGAAGUGUUUUCUGAUAAGUUAAAAAGGCAGUUAAGGUAGUUCUAGUCCAGUGAAUAAGAGAAACUUAAAUUCAUAAGGUGUACGGUUGUAUUUCUCGGUUUAAGUGGGAAAAGCUAAGAGAGCGUGGGGACGUAGCAAACUUGCUGGUCGGGGGUGGAGGUGCAGAUAGAGAGCGCUGCACACAAAUGUUGUCAUAUAAUGUAAACCCUGGUUGUAUUUUAAGAGGGUAUGAAAAUAUGGAUACCGUCCAAGCCUAAAAGUCACGUUUGGUACAAGCAAACUCCAAUAGGCACUUUUUUAAUCAGAUUUUUUUUUUAAAUCAGACUGUAAAGUUUUACAUUUCAAAAUCUGUUUACAUAUUGGCACUGUGGAAGUGGCAUCUAUCUUUAUUUCCACCGUUUUUCCAACAGUAGCUACUGUUCACUGUACUCUAAAUAAAUUUAAUAUAUUUACUUGAUAAAGAGUUACUGAAUAGGAGAUGUAGCAGACAUGCUCUGAUAGGCCAUAAAAAACAACUCUGAUCACUCUUUCCUUUUAGUUCUGUUUUAUUUACUGGAUCAGAUCGGCGUGUUUGUUUCCUGCUGAGCGCUGUGAAUCCCAGUGAUUUUUUUAGAGGCAUCAGUGCAUCUGUAGACUUUUCUGGUGUAGAUGAAGUAACUCAUUGAAGUAACCUGACUUGAGCAUGAACAGGUUUUGGGAUCAUUCAGACUUGAUUUGAAAUGUCUCUUUGCUUUAAUGACAAUAUACUGUAUAUCCAAUAUACCCCGAUGUGCAGCUGAAUUAUAAGGUACAGCUGAGUCUAUUUUUGUAUAGAAGAAACAGGUGAUUAUUGUUGGGUUUCAAAUGAGUAUGUGGAGAUUACAUAUUAGAAGGGGUUCUUGAUUUGUACAUCUUGCAUAACCAAAAACAUGACAGUUUAACUUCUUAUUUUUGGUGCUUAUUGGAACCCCAACAUUAUCUCUCUGAUGAAUUAACUUCUUACUCAUAGCCAUUGUAAAAUCUGCAUCUUAUACUGUGUGCCUGCUGAUUUAUGUUUGCACUAUAUAUGUAGCUCAGACCCCUGGCAGAUACGUCUGCUGAAAACAAAUCAAACAAAGAAUUAAUUAGCUUUCUUUCAGUUGCCAAAAAUGCCAAUUAAUAGGCCAUGGUUCUCUAAUGAAAAGGAAGGCAUCGUCUGCAAAGCUGAUUCAAGUUAAAUCCCCAAACAGGGAUGAUGACGGCUGUCCCUGUACAAGCCUAUAAAGAAGGGAGAGGAAGGGGAGACAGUUUUUGUUUUUCUUUAAUGUACAAAUCAAAUGUUUCUAAGCCAAAUGUCCCCAUCUUUUCCUCCCGUCUUCGAUUCACACGUGAAGAGAAAAAUCUGAUUCGCAGUGCAGGAUUAACCAGAUCAAUCAAACCUGCACGAAAGGUUAAAAGUCAGACGACUUACGAAUGUGUGAAUCCAGCUUCUGUCUAUUUUUGCUCCUUCCCAGUGUGUACUGUUUACGUUCAGUCCUCAUUGUAAAUUUGGAUGUGAAUAACAUCUUGUUGUAAUUAUAGAUAAGCUUGUAUAUUGAUGUCGUUUUGAUGCAAUUUAUCUUUACCUCAAAAGAUUUUUUUGGAUAUAUUGGACCAAUAAUAAAAAGAAAGAAUGCCUUUGA